AUGUCAUAAAUUUUAGAUCUUUUCAAUUUAUCAGAGAAUUAAUUUAUCCAUUUUAAAAUAAGGAUAAAAGGAAUUUUUAAAUGUAUAAUUUUAGAUCAUGAUUUUUUAAGUGUUUCUGAAAGAUUAACUUAAUCAGUUUUAAAUUUAAAUGAAUAAGUUAAAUAAGAUGAUGAAUUAAUAGAAUUGUUGA